CAUCCCCUCUACACGGAUGAUAUCCGCCAACGGAAGUUUACCUCAUAUCAACACGAGCAAACACCUCAGCAGCUGUCAACACACUCACACACACCUCAAGACAACUGUAAACAAUUUCUUACAGUAAACGAGUGUGUUGUAGCGGAGUGUGUGUCAUUAUUAUCAUCGUUAUAUUCAGCGUGUGUUUGUGAGGAGCGGAGGAGGAUGAGAAAUAACGGCUCAUGAUGAUGAUGAUGAUGAGGAAGAGAUGAUGCUAUUCAGGCCUGCAAAUUAAACACACACACACACUAAAACACACGCAUUAACACACAUACACACUCAGAAUGGACACUUUUUUGGACUUCGAGGACUGUAUCAGAGACUCUCCUGCAUUCAGGCAGUCUCUGGAUAAAUGUGAGAGUGACAUGUCUGAACUGGAGAGUCGUGUGGAGAAAGUGAUGAAGUUGUGUGGUCAGAUGGUGGACGCGGGUCAGAAUUACACCUCCUGCAAUCAGCUUUUCCUCUGCGCACUGAGCGAGUUCACCGCGUAUCAUAAGAGUGACGGUGUGAUUCUGAACUGCCUGCGCCAGUUUAACCAGGGCCUGCAGGAGAUGAUCCAGUUUCAGACGAUGCUGUUUGAUCAGACACAGAGAGCCAUCAGCCAACAGCUCACAAACCUGCUUUCACAGUUUGUCCCGCAGAUUCGGGAAACGCGGCGUGAGUUUGUGCGGAUCGGAGAUGAUCUUGAUUCUGCGGUGGUGAAGAACGCUCAGGUCAGUCGACACAAACCUGUGGAUGCAGAAAGAGCGACGCACCUGCUGCUCGCCACGCGCAAAUGCUAUCAACACUUCGCUCUGGAUUACUGCCUGCAGCUGAAUAAUUUCAAGGUCCAACAGAAGCUGGAUAUUCUGAAUUCGGUCUUCUCGUAUUUUCACGCUCAGUACACAUUUUUCCACCAGGGGUUUGACUUGCUGAGAGAUCUGGAACCAACCAUGAAGACGAUGGCCUCACAGCUCUCUCAGCUGUCCACUGACUGCUCUGCCAAGAGGAAAGAUCUGGAAAACACACACCUGCUCGUCCAGCAGAGGGACGCAUCUGGAGAAGCUGUAAUUGUGUGUAAUCCGUCUGACGGAGGAACUAUUCAAGGCUACCUUUUCAAGCGCUCACGCAAGAAGAACAAGACAUGGAAGAGGUGCUGGUUUUCCACUGAAAAUAAUCAGUUAAUCUACCUAAAAUCACACAAGGAGCAGCCGGUGGUUCUCUUUGAUGAUCUGCGUCUGUGUGCAGUCAAAUCUCUGGAUGUGAUUGAUCGACGUUUCUGUUUCGAGCUUCUGUCGGUGCAGAAGUGUUGUGUGUUACAGGCUGACUCAGAGGAGCUGAAGUCAGCGUGGAUGAAUGCUGUUCAGGGAUGUAUAGACAUGGCAUAUCGAGAUCAAGUAACUGAUCAAAACACUCAGGUCAAGGAAAGCUCCGCCCCUGUGUCUAUUCCAGACCCGCCCUCUCACCCACCCGCUCUGGGCGUGGCUCUGAGUGGCCGUGGUAACCAGCACUGCUGUGACUGUGGGGAAGCGGAGCCACGCUGGGCCAGUGUGAACCUCGGCAUUACCAUGUGCAUCGAGUGUUCGGGCAUCCACAGGAGUCUUGGCGUUCAUCUGUCCAAAGUUCGUUCGCUCACUCUUGAUUCCUGGGAGCCUGAACAGUUAAAGCUGCUGUGUGUUCUGGGUAAUGAAGUUAUUAAUGGUAUUUAUGAGCGUGAGGCAGCAGACGGCCUGCAGAAGCCCAGCGCAGGCAGUCCUCGGCAGGAUAAAGAACAGUGGAUCAGGUCCAAGUAUGUGGAGAAAAGGUUUGUGGCACGUCAUCUUGAUGGUCCUGAUGCUGAUGCAUUGAAGCUGCGUGCCAGAAAGAGACUGUAUUCGGCGUCAGUCAGCGGGGAUCUGGUGGCAAUGGCGGAGUCUCUGGCAGAGGGGGCGGAGAUUAACUGGAAUAAUAAUGAGCAGGAGGGACGGACAGCUCUGAUUGGCUCAGCCAUUGGCGGCUCUCUGCUGGCGUGUGAGUUUCUGUUGCAGAACGGUGCUAAUGUGAACCACAGAGAUCAGCGUGGACAGGGAGCUCUGCACGCCGCCGCCACAUACGGACACACAGGGCAGGUGUGUCUGCUCCUCAAGAGAGGAGCCAAUCAGUACGCAGCAGAUGAAAAAGGAAACGAUCCGCUCAGUAUCGCCAUAGAAACCGCCCAUGCUGACAUCGUCACUUUGUUGAGAAUGGCCCGAAUGAAUGAGGAAAUGAGGGAUUCAGAGGGAUUCUUCGGAUCUGUUGGAGACGAUGAAACAUUCCAGGAUAUUUUCCGAGAUUUCAGUAACAUGGCGUCACACGACCCGGAGAAACUCACUCGCCGCCCAUUCAUCCGCAGCUCUGAGGAAGAACAGCAGGACGAGGAGGAGAAAAACUAGAGACACUGUAUGUGCUCUGAUGUCAGCAGAGGUCAAGAGAGGUCAGAGGUCAUACUAUGGGGACUAAGGGAACAAAGCGAAAGAGGGAAAGCUUAACGUUACCACUAUAUAAAAACUAAAAGCUCAUCUCUGAACGAGAAUGAGGAUCUAACACUGAGUUACUGCGACUGACGCUCAGUAUUAAAGGCUGUUUCAGUGUGUGUGUGUCAGGGGAUGCGGUCCAGCUCAUUUCAUCCACACGUGUGUUUUAUUUAUCAUGUCUCCGUUUUAUUUGUCAUGUAAAAGUGAACGUGGCCUUUUUACUUAAGUGUGUUCAGACUUCUGUUCUCAUUCACUUCCAUUGUUGUUUAGUCAUAAAAACAGCUGGAUAUUCUGCUUCAUGUUGCAAACUGGAUUAUCAUAUUAUUUUAAUAUAUUGUCAUAACCCACAUACUGUAGUUUACAGUAAAUACUGUAGUAUUUUUGAACCAUGCUAUAGUAAGGCACUUAAAUUAUACAUUUUUAGAAUUACUGUGGAGAUUCUACUGUUGCCACGGUAACACAUCAAUUAUUGUAAUUAAACUGUUGUGGUUAUUCUGCAGUUGCUAUGGUAACACAACUGUAGUAGUUAAUCUGUUGUGGUAAAUCUAUAGUUGCUACCUUAACACAUCAACUAUAGUAAUUGAUCUGUUAUGGUGAUUCUAUAGUUGCUAUGGUAACACGUCAACUAUAGUAGUUAAUUUGUUGCUGUGGUUCUAUAGUUGCUAUGGUAAUAAAACAACUAACGGAUACUCUGCUUUGGUAAUUUUAUAGUUGCCAUUUCAACACAACAACUAGUAAAUAAUCUGUUGUGAUUCUAUAGUUGCUAUGGUAACACAACUGUAGUAGUUAAUCUGUUGUGGUAAAUCUAUAGUUGCUACCUUAGCACAUCCACUUUAGUAAUUGAUCUGUUGUGGUGAUUCUAUAGUUGCUAUGGUAACAAGUCAACUAUAGUAGUUAAUCUGUUGCUGUAUUUCUAUAGUUGUUAUUGUAAUAAAACAACCAUAGCAGUUACUCUGCCGUGUUAAUUCUAUUGUUGCUAUGGUAACACAACAACUGUAGUGUCUAAUCUUUUGUGGUGAUCUAUGGUUGCUAUGGCAACACAAAAACUAUAAUAAUUGAUCUGUUGUGGUGAUUCUACAGUUGCUAUGGUAACACAACAACUAUAGUAAUUAAUCUGUUGUGGUUUUUCUAGUUGCUACGGUAACACGUCAACUAUAGUAGUUAAUUUGUUGCUGUAUUUCUAUAGUUGCUAUGGUAAUAAAACAACUAACGGAUACUCUGCUUAGGUAAUUUUAUAGUUGCCAUGUCAACACAACAACUAGUAAAUUAUCUGUUGUGAUUCUGUAGUUGCUAUGGUAACAACAACUAUACUAAUUAAUCAGGUGUGGUAAUUCUAUAGUUGCUUUGGUAACACAACAACUAUAGUAAAUGAUCUAUUGCGGUUAUUCUGUAGUUGCUACGGUAACUGUAGUAGUAAAUUUUUUGCUGUUUUUCCAUAGUUGCCAUGGUAAUAAAACAAAUUUAGCAGCU